AUGACGAUUCAGGAGACACAAACUCUGUGUUGUCAUUCUACUUUGAGUACAGCGCUGAUGGAGCAUUAUGGGAACACUACACAGCUAAUGGAGCAAACAAGUUAUCAAGGAUCACAUUUUACUUCUGUAAAAAGAUUUUCAUUCGUUUAUCUAUUUACUAACCAAAACAAUUUAUCUCUUGUAGAUCCUGAAAGUCCAGUUAUUUUCGCACGAAGUUUUCUGCUGGAAGAAUCUACCAAUACGAUGUUUGCUUGUAAAACAGAAGUUAAAAAAUCUGAAAGUCAUUGCAGAGGAAGCAACGACGGCGGUGAAACUUGGAAAGAUCUGCAUCAGAACGUUUUGAUUGUCCUUGCCUAUAACCCAAUCGAUAACGUUUACUACGUUGAAAUUAACCGCCAUAGCGAGCUGGUAAAGGUGACGUUUCGAGUGUUAGCACUUCGUUUGAAUCCUCCACGUACAGGAAAAAAAGAUUGUGAACCGUACACAGCCCAGAAAGUACAAGGAAAACCAUAUUAUUGCAAUACUUGUCUCUGUGCUAACGACAUGUCUUCAUCUCAAGGACUUCUUUUUAAACCAAGUGGCGCGAUUGUUUGGAAGUUGGUUUAUUCUUGGAUCGAUUAUCCUUACGAUAUUGAUGAAUGUGCCAGCAACCCCUGCAUCAAUGGAGCUACCUGUGUGGAUCAAGUGAACAGGUUCAACUGCACCUGUCCCCCCGGAUUUACUGGAACCCUUUGUGGCAUAGAAUUAGCGGGAUAUCAUUCCCAUCUUGGGAAUUAUCGCCUUUGCAAGUUACAAUCGGACUGGGAUAUAAAUAAGAUUACUGACAGCUGCUAUUCAUGUUUGACAGAUCUUGAUGAAUGCGAAAGCAACCCAUGCAGCAAUGGAGGUGUAUGUGUGAAUGGAGUGAACAAAUUCACAUGUAAUUGUAUACCUGGAUUCACCGGACUCCAGUGCGAAACAAAUAUUGACGAUUGUGUAAGUAACGCGUGUGUCAAUGGAGAUUGUGUGGACGGCGUGAAUCAGUACACAUGCAGCUGUUAUUCUGGAAACGCAGGUGUACACUGUGAGUUUGAUUUAUCCUGUGUGACCAGUAAUCCAUGUUUGAACGGUGGAACCUGUAUCCCUUUAUCUGGAGGAGGAUACACCUGUAGCUGCACGUUUUUUUAUUCUGGUUCAAACUGUCAGUUAGGAUCAUUCUUCUGUCUAAGGCUUCCCACGUUCUCUUUCGACCCACCUUACUCGCCAAACACCGGCAAAUUCGACAAGAUCGCUUUUUCGCUAAGCGCGAACCACAAACUCUUGGGAAUUGCUGUUGGUUCCACCGCACAACAAGGCAUUCCUGUAACUUUGACCAUCAAAGUCAGCAACAUCUCGGGUGUUGCCAUCGCCUCUAAAACUACGCAGCAUACUUUUCGUCACGGAAUACCCGACUACCCCGUUUAUUUCGACCAACCGAUACUUCUGACCGCCGGCCAGCAGUACAUUGCAGCUUCCCUGGUCGAGGCCGAAGCCAAUAUGUCUGAAUUGGCAAGAAGCUUUGACGGCUCUGCAAUCAGAUUUUGUAAUCCUCACCUGACAGUUACGUUCUCGAAUGUUCCAGCAGAGGAGAUGGCUGACUCUAACGGAUCAACAGUCCAAGAGGGCCAAAUAAUUUUUCUGUAUUUUAAGCCACCAUAAAUAUUUCUUUCAUUGUUGAAGCUAUGCCAAAGUUUGAGAAAAGGCACAGAGUUUGAUGAUUUGAAGAGCAGUCUUCAAUUAGUGUCGAAAAUAAUCCGGAAGUGCUUCCACCAGUGUCUUCAACUAAUGAGAUGCAAAAUCAGUCACAUUUUCCGCUGUAUGGACCUUGCACGCGCUUAGCGCCGGUUACGUGUAUCACUAUCUGCUUCAAAUUUUCAUUGGUUCGUUGUGUUGUUUAUGUUUGUUGUGAUUAUCAACUGUAAUGAACUGCUUUCUUCCAAAGAUGCUCAAUUGACGAUUGCUCUAAGAUAUUAUUGAAGUUACACAAGUUUGAAAUAGACGAGCAGUUUUAAACGUUUAAAUUAAUUUUCUAUCUGGCCUUAACAUUCUUACCAUAAGCA